GAUCGCCCUUCUUAUUGAUCCCAUUAAAUCUUACUCUUCUCGUCUUGGAUUCUGAUCCACAUCAUGCUGAAGUAUACUCCGUACUUGGCCCCAAAUUCCUAGUUAACACAGCCCCAAGAUGUCUUCAAUCCGUCCACGAACUGGAUCUGUCUCGACCACACUCAGAGAAGGAAUAAGCGGUUAUAUCAGCCGCUCAAGGCUUGAGAGCAGGCUUUAUGAGAUAUUCGGGCGCAAUAUCGAAGUUGUAUACUUUUGCGGCCGAAUUAGUUUCCAAGCACCACGAGAAGUGGAAGAGCAUGAGAUAGCGGACCUCUGCGAAGAUGAACGGGUCAACUAGGGCUGAAGAAGCAGGUGUAUACCAGGUUUCUUGGACCGAUUUUCGGCAAUUCAAAUUUUUUGCUUUUGACUAAAUUCUGUGUCUGCCUUGCGGCUUAGUAUAGGCUUAGCUAUCAUCAUAGUUGGCCACCUCCUGAUAGGUUCUAAGGGGCUGUGCCCUACCUCGGCCCUCCCG